AUGAAAAAGUUAGCUUAAAGUACUGAUUUUGAUGCAGUAAUAUAGAAACUCAAUAUUCAAUGCAAAUCCAAGGUGGAUGAUUGUAAACAUUAAAUUUAUUCGAACUCUAGAUUUAGAUCCAAUGCAAAAAAUAAAAAAUUCCUCUCCAAUGAUUUUUGGUGAUUAUGCCAGCUCCAACACACCAAUUCAACUCUAACUAUCUCCUAUCGACACAAAUCAAAAGAGUUACAUUUCAUUGCUAUCAGAUAACAUUGAAUUUUCGGUUAAAGAUAAAAAAUAGGGCAACAACUCGUAACAAUCCUUGGAACAGACUAAAUAUACAACGUCGGAAGGAAUCAGUUCUUUCAUUCAAUAAGAAAAAAUUAUUAAUGAAGAAUAAAGCUUUUUAAAUAAACGACUGAAAGAAAUUAGAAAUAUUUAUGUUAAAAAAUUGGAAUAGUUAGAUGAACGUAUGUUAAGAAUGAUUUUAAUAGAAUACCUGCAUGAGAGAUUAUAAAUUUUAGAAGAAUUUGAGAAACAUUUGAGAUAAAAGAGCCCAAAGAAAUAGAAGGAAUAGCCUUUAAAGAGUGCUCUUAAAAAGAAGGAUUCGAUAUGCUCUUCUCGGUAUUAUACUCAAAAUAUUAAUGAUUCUUAAGAAGAUGAUUGGAAGUUCAUUCGUGAUGCUCAAAAUAUUCUGAGGAGAUAGAAAUCAUCAUAAGUAGAAGAAUUCACUACUCCAUCCAAAGUUAGAUUUGUAAAAUAUUCAUUUAACAUACUUAGUAAAAGAAAUCAAAGAAAUCUUUACUAAAAAAUGAUUCAUUUUAAGUAUUAUAAUUUCGAUAUUGA